GAUGGUACGCAAACAAAUGCGGUAUCACUAUCACAAGUGAUAACGUCAUGACGAUUGUAAUGUUUUCUCAAAGGAGCUUCGUUAUUUCGUACGGAGAACAAAAUAGAUAACUGACACGCCUCGUAAGAUACAGAACGCUUUUAUCGUUAGCACAUAUUAAUAUAUAAUUUUAUUAAUAAAGUUCGCGACGUUUUGUUUUAAGUUAUUAUGUUACACAAAUCAGCGGCUCUUCGGUCGAAGAGCCUUUAUUUGAAACAUGUAGUGUAUUAUUCCUCAGCUAAGGCUAGUCGCAUUAUUGCAAUACGUCGAGAAGAUCAGUCAGUAUGGGAGAGGAGAGCACCUUUCUCGCCAACCAAUGUCAACCGACUGGUUCGACAGGGCGUCAAAGUUAUUGUGCAACCUUCAAACCGAAGAGCAUAUCCAAUGCAGUCUUACAUAAAUGCAGGAGCGAUUGUCCAAGAAGACAUAAGCGAGGCCAGCGUUAUUCUGGGAGUGAAGCAGACACCGAUAGACCUUCUGAUCCCCAACAAGACUUACUGCUUCUUCUCACACACCAUAAAAGCCCAAGAAGCAAAUAUGCCAAUGUUAGACGCCAUUUUGAAAAAGAACAUUCGACUUAUCGACUAUGAGAAGCUAAUGGAUGACUCUGGUAACCGCGUGGUUGCUUUCGGUAAGUACGCAGGCGUUGCCGGCAUGGUUAACAUUCUACAUGGAAUUGGCCUCCGCCUUCUGGCUCUUGGACAUCAUACUCCGUUCAUGCACAUUGGACCUUCACACAACUACAGGAACUCCAGCAUGGCCCGGCAAGCCAUAAGGGACGCGGGAUACGAGGUCGCACUCGGUAUGAUGCCCAAAUCUUUAGGCCCCAUCACAUUUGUUUUCACCGGGUCUGGAAACGUAUCUCAGGGAAGUCAAGAAAUAUUCCAGGAGUUACCACACGAAUAUGUUCCUCCAGAGAUGUUAAGAAAAGUGGCUGAACAUGGCAGUCCAAACAAAAUUUAUGGCUGCGAAGUACGCCGAAGACAUCACUUAGAGAGGAAAAAUGGAGGUGGUUAUGACGCCCAGGAGUAUGAUGAGCACCCUGAAAGAUAUAUUUCCACGUUUGCGCAAAAGAUAGCACCAUACACGUCCGUUCUGGUGAACUGCAUCUAUUGGGCGGUGGGCAGCCCCAAGCUGCUGACGAUCCCAGACGCGAAGCACUUGCUGCUGCCGUCACACACGCCAUGGCUGCCCAAGAGUGUUGGAGCUCCUGCACUGCCACACAGAAUGUUGGCGAUCUGCGACAUAUCAGCUGACCCCGGCGGCUCUAUCGAGUUUAUGAACGAGUGCACCACUAUUGACACGCCUUUCUGUCUUUAUGACGCCGACAGGAAUAAGGAUACCAAAAGUUUCAAGGGGCCUGGCGUUCUAGUAUGUUCUAUAGACAAUAUGCCAACACAAUUACCUCGUGAGUCAACGGACUUCUUUGGUGACCUAUUGUACCCAUACGCGGAAGAUAUUAUGAAAUCGGACGCUACUAAGCCAUUGGAAGAACAUAACUUUUCACCAGUUGUUCAAGGAGCUAUAAUAACAAGCAACGGCAAAUUGACGCCGCCUUUCGAAUAUAUCAACGAACUCAGAAUGGCGAACACUCGUUCCCGCCACAAGGUUGAGGGUAAUGACCAACAGUCCCCUGUCCUCAUUUUGGGAAGUGGUCUAGUGUCUGCCCCGGUUGUGGAAUAUUUGUCUCGUGACAAGAAUAUUGCCAUCACUGUAGCAUCAGCGGUCAAAGAAGAAGCAGAUGCCCUAGCUGAUCGCUAUGGAGUGUCAUCUGAGUACCUCGACGCUAAGAACGAGACCGCUCUUCGGGCUCUGACGUCACGAGCUCGAGUGGUCGUGUCUCUCUUGCCGUACGACCUUCACGGUGACGUAGCGAGGGCUUGCCUUGACAGUGGAGCUCAUAUGGUCACCGCUUCUUAUGUUAGGCCUGAGGUGCAGGAGCUGCAUAAAGCUGCAAAGGAUGCCGGUCUUACUUUCCUGAAUGAGGUUGGAUUGGACCCCGGCAUCGAUCACCUGCUUGCGCUAGAAUGCAUUCACGAUAUUCAGAACCAUGGAGGAAGGAUUGAUUCAUUCGUUUCUUAUUGCGGAGGAUUGCCAGCACCUGAAUUUAGCGACAACGCUCUUAGAUAUAAAUUCUCAUGGAAUCCUCGAGGCGUAUUGCUGAAUACCAUAUCUGCGGCCAAGUAUCUCAGUAAAGGACAGAUCGUAGAAGUAUUAAGCGGAGGUGAACUGAUGUCCGUGGCUCGAGAACUAAACUUCUUGCCUGGAUUUGCAUUCGAAGGCUUCCCCAACAGAGACAGCACUAAGUACUCUGCACUCUACGGUAUUGAAGACGCCCAUACUAUGUUCAGAGGAACUAUUAGAUAUAAAGGCAAGUAUCUUUCAAAUAGUUAA